AUGUCGUCCGUGAAGGCCCUCAACCCCUCCGUGCAGGCCCGCCGUGACCCGUACUACAAACGUAACCACAUGGGCCGCGUCACCUGCACUCUCUGUGAUGUCUGCUGCACGGACGACAACAACUUCCUUAAGCACAUCGCGGGGAAGACACACCGCACACAGCUGGAACGCAUGGAGCGCUACGCACGUCGCGAGGAACGGCUUGCGGUGGAGGAGGAGCUCAGCAGAGAGGCAAGCCGACGCGCGGAGCAGGAAAAGGCGACACGUGAACUGCUGCAACAGCAGCAGGACCCGCAGGGAGGCAGUCGCAGUGGGGCGCCCGGCACCGCCGCCUUUGCCCCGUUUGGCAGACCACAGUUUAAUUACUGCACGGAAAAUGAUCCGGAGUUGUUCCAGACGAAGGUGUGGCUUGAGUUUUUCUUUCCUCAGGCCGCGGCGGGAGUUCGGCCCUGCACCGCUGGCGUUCGGCGCGGGAGCAGGACAUGGAACGACCGCCGGAUGACAGCGUCGUGUAUUUACUCGUGGCGUGUGAGGGGUAUGUGA